UGCAUCGCAAUGGGUUCAGUCCUCGAGCACAAGCUGGUGAGCAAUGCACGGAGCAGAAUUAUAACCAGCUUACAUCAUCUUCAUCAUGAAGAUAACCACGGUGCCAGUACUUCUGAGCCUGGCUCUUUGCCUCAUACAAGAUGCUGCCAGUAUGAAUGAAAAUCAGGAUGCGUGCAGUGAAUUUCGGGUAUUGAUGAAAAAUGGGAAGCUGUUCUGUUCCCAGGAUAAAAAACUUCUUCAGAGCCCUGAUGGAAUAAUGUUCCUCAACAAAUGCGCCACAUGCAAAAUGAUACUGGAAAAAGAAGCCAAAACCCAGAAAAGGGCCACGCAUUUAGCAAGAGCCACUGGAGCCACUGCCCCCGCAAAGUUGAAUUGCGAUGAUUUCAGGAAAGGAGAAAGAGAUGGGGAUUUUAUCUGUACCUUUGAUAAUGCAGCUGUGUGUGGCACAGAUGGGAAAACUUACAGCAACAGAUGUGCCCUGUGUGCUGAGAACAUUAAAACCAGGUCCCAAGUCGGCAUAAAAAACGAAGGGGAGUGUGAAAGCAGCAAUCCAGAGCAGGAUGUUUGUAAUGCUUUUCGGCCUUAUGUGAGGGAUGGAAGACUUGGAUGCACGAGGGAAAAUGAUCCAGUUCGUGGCCCUGAUGGAAGGACGCAUGGCAAUAAGUGUGUGAUGUGUGCUGAGCUGUUUUUAAAAGAAGCUGAAGAAAAUAGAAAGCGACACGAUGAAACCAGAAUUCAACGAAGUGCUGAAAAGGAUUUUUGCAAAGAAUAUGAAGACCAAGUGAAGAAUGGAAGGCUUUAUUGUACCCGGGAGAGUGACCCAGUCCGUGGCCCCGAUGGCAGGAUGCAUGGCAACAAAUGUGCCCUGUGUGCUGACAUUUUAAUACGGCGUUUUUCAGAAGAAAAACAUAAAGCAGAUGAAAACCUGAGAAAGGCUGAAGAAAAAGUUAAAGUUAAAAGAGAAAUCGAGAAACUCUGCAGCGAAUAUAAGGGUCAUUCGAAGAAUGGAAUACUUUUCUGUACCAGAGAAAAUGACCCUGUUCGUGGUCCAGAUGGGAAAAUGCAUGGCAACUUGUGUUCCAUGUGUCAAGCCUUCUACCAAGCAGAAGCACAAGAAAAGAAAAAGGCAGAAGCAAGGAAUAAGAGAGAACCUGGAAAAGCACCUUCAUUUGCAGAGUUGUGCAGUGAAUACCGCAAGUAUGUGAGGAAUGGCAAACUGCCUUGCACCAGAGAGAACGACCCUAUCCAGGGCCCAGAUGGGAAAAUGCAUGGCAACACCUGCUCUAUGUGUGAGGUCUUCUUCCAAGCAGAAGAAGAAGAAAAGAAAAAGAAGGAAACUGAAUCAAGAAAUAAAAGACAAUCUAAGACAACUUCCUUUGAGGAAUUGUGCAGUGAAUACCGCAAGUAUGUGAGGAGUGGCAAACUGCCUUGCACCAGAGAGAAUGACCCCAUCCAGGGCCCAGAUGGGAAAGUGCAUGGCAACACCUGUUCCAUGUGUGAGGUCUUCUUUCAACAAGAAGAAAGAGCAAGAACAAAGGCUAAAAGAGAAGCUGCAAAGGAGCUCUGCAGUGAGUUUCGGAACCAAGUGAGGAAUGGAAUGCUCAUAUGCACCAGGGAGAAUGACCCUGUCCGUGGCCCAGAUGGCAAAAUGCAUGGGAACAAGUGUGCUAUGUGUGCAACUGUGUUUGAGCUUGAAGAAGAAGAGAAGAAAAAUAAUGACAAGGAAGAAAAGGAGAAAGGUGAAGCUGAGAAAGUUAAGAGAGAAGCAGUACAGGAGCUGUGCAGUGAAUACCGUAACUAUGUGAGGAACGGACGACUUCCCUGCACCAGAGAGAAUGACCCCAUUGAGGGCCUGGAUGGGAAAAUCCAUGGCAACACCUGUUCCAUGUGUGAGGCCUUCUUCCAGCAAGAAGCAAAAGAAAAAGAAGCUGAAUCCAGAACAAAGGUUAAGAGAGAAACCGAAAAGGAUACAUGCGGUGAAUUUCGGAGCCUUUUGCAAAAUGGAAAUCUCUUUUGCACACGAGAAAAUGAUCCCGUGCGUGGUCCAGAUGGCAAGACCCAUGGCAACAAGUGUGCCAUGUGUAAAUCAGUCUUCCAGAAAGAAGAUGAAGAAAGGAAGAGAAAAGAAGCAGAAAAGCAGAGAAUUGCUACAGAGCAUGAUUCCAACGGUGGUGGUGGAGGGAAAGCUCAGGACCAAUGUGCUGAGUUUAAGGAUAAUAUGAAAAAUGGAAAGCUCAGCUGUACCCGGGAGAGUGAUCCUGUACGUGAUGCUAGUGGCAAAACAUACAACAAUAAGUGUUCCAUGUGUAAAGAGAUACUGGAAAAACAAGCAGAUGGAAAAAAUACGUAUUCUGGCUAUAGAGCAAAUGGGACUGAAUCAGCAUCAGGAAAGGAUCCCUGUGAUGAAUUUAGAGGCCAAAUGAAAAAUGGACAACUUCUCUGCACCCGAGAAAGUGAUCCUGUCCGCGAUUCAAAUGGCAAGACACAUGGCAAUAAGUGUGCAAUGUGUAAGGAAAAACUGGAAAGGGAAGCAGCUGAAAAAAAAAAGAAAGAAGAAAAUGAUAGGCAAAACACAUCAGAAAGGAGCAAUGAAAAACAGGACCAGUGCCAUGAAUUCCGGAGCAUGUUGAGAGAUGGAAAGCUCAUCUGCACCAGAGAAAACGACCCCGUCAGAGGUCCAUAUGGGAAGAUGCACGUCAACAAGUGUGCAAUGUGCCAGAGCAUCUUUGACCGAGAAGCUAGUGACAGAAAAAAGAAUGAUGAAGAAAAAUCACACAACAAAACUUCAAAUGAUAAAAAGGACCAGUGCAAAGAGGUUCAGAAAGGAACAGAGAAUGGAAAGUCUGGACAGUCUGGGCAUUCCUUGGCCUCCAUUGCCAGGAUAAGUGCAGACGAGUGUGCUAACUUCCGGGGGUACCUAAGGAAUGACGAGCUCCUUUGCACUCGGGAGAAUGACCCUGUGCGUGGUGCUGAUGGAAAGUUGUAUAAGAACAAGUGCUACAUGUGCAGAACUGUCUUUCAAAAAGAAGCUUUGGAAAGGGCAAGACUUCAAGAAAGGCCAUCCCAACCUAGAUCUUCCAGUGAGGAAGACAGCCCAGAUUCCCCCAAAUCUUCUCUGGAUUCUGAGAUGUGCAAACACUAUAGAGUAUUGCCCAAGAUGGGUUACCUUUGCCCAAAGAAUUUACAGCCUGUCUGUGGUGAUGAUGGCCAGACAUACAACAAUCCAUGCAUGCUCUGUCAUGAAAACCUAAUACGCCAGACUAAUACACGCAUACGCAGCGAAGGGCCGUGUGAGCAGAAUAGCACCCCAGAAACAACACCUCUCAGCGUGCCAGCAUCUGGGGAAGUUGCCAUAGGAGCAUACGAUAAGAUGUAUUUGUUCAAAUAAUGAAGAAUCUUGCCAGGCUAAGCACAAAAGGUCAAAUGAUGUGAGGAUUGGUGAAAGCCAUGAGGGACCAUUUAUAUCUUGAUUCUGAAUUGCCUACCUUCACCAUCUGUAUAUACAAAGAAUUCUUCAGAGCUCGUCUUUAUUUACUGUAGAAAACAAUAGAGACUGUUGGGGGAAUGGACUCACUGACUUCCAGUCUUCUCCAUCUCUUUCCUCCUAGAUUCUGCGAUCAGAGGGCACAGAGACAUCCCCACCCAGUCUGUGCUCUGCAGACCCCUGAUCACAAUGCUGUCUGUCCAAUUACUUGUUCAAUAAAAGUAAACCCAGCAGAA